UGAUGACGUAACGCGCCUGCGCGGAAGAGGCGUCCGGGAUCCUCGUAUCCAGUAAAUGAUUAGUAAAGUUUGCAGCCGGAGUUUGACUCUGGAAUUGUCUUCCUCGGGAACAACCACACGUCCGCUGCUGAUACCUAAUAAUGGCAGUUUCAGAUGAAGAAGCAGUCAUGGAGGAAAGCAUCAUCCCAGCACAGAGCCCUCUGGUUUCAGUCACGUUUCAGAGAAAUGCUCGCAGGAAGGAGAAGUUCCUGGAAGCAGAACCCAAAGCUCUUGGGAUAGCUGAGAUUGGCCUCAGUUUGUACACCAUCAUCUGUUUGGGGGUACUUCAGAGUAAAGGACUGAGUGACCCAUCUAGUGGCAUUCCAAUUUUUAUUGCAUCACUGCUGAUUGUAAUAGCAGGGAAUGUGGCUGUAGCAGCGCAGAACCUCCAUCUGCCAACACUGAGGGCAUGUUUGGGGAUGCAGAUUUUGGCGUGUGGUGCCUCCAUCGUCAACAUUAUCUGCACUUUGGUCAAAAUGGGAGAUUGGUCACACCACUGCUGGUAUUUACAUGCAGACAAAUAUCAGGAAGUCUGUCAUCAGAUUGAGUUCAUCUUCUUCAACUUUUAUGGCGGGGGUGUUCUGGUCCAGGCUACUGUGCUGGCUAUCUCCGCCUCUCUGAUGGCUUACUGCUGCAAGGUGGUCAACUGUUGUGGACCCGCUCCCAAAAUGCCUGUGAUCAUGGUACAAACGCCUCCACGGCCCGAGAGCAGCAGUGUGAGGAACGACCAGACAAGCACUCAACAGUCAUGAGGAGCAACGAAAGACUUUUACAGAGUUAAAACUCACUAGAUCGGUUUUAUUCAUAAAACACAUUUAAACAACCAGAAUUGAUCAAAAAAAUGCUGCAAAAAAUAAAUAAAUGACUGAUUAUCAAAAAUAAUCAAACCAUAAAUUACAAUAGAGGAAAUGACUGCUGUAGAAACCUGGGUAGCCCACUACCCAAAAACAUAAACACGCAUCAUUAGAAGGUAACAGGACCAACAGUAGCCACAUUAUUAGCUUUGCUUUGUUUCUAAUCACACCACUUAAUGCCUCUAAUACAUAAAUACGUAUAAUCAUGUAGCCAGGCUUUCACAGACGCUUUAACUCUUCAUUAGAAUUCAUAUUAGUGAAAUUGUUCUUUACAGUAUUCUACAUAGUUAUGUACACAUAUGUAUGUAUAUCAUACACUGUGCGUGUUAAAAUAUGUAUUCACCUAAAUGGUUUACAUCUGCAGACCUCUGGUUCUGCUUCGUGCACGUGGAAUGUUCCGGCAUCACCAAAGCAUCUCAGUGGGGUUCUGAUCUGGACCCUGGACCUUUGCAUCACCUUGAUUCUGUGGUAGAUCUGCUGCUGUGUUUGGAUCAUGGUUCUGUCCUGUGACCUGGCCCAAAUCAUCAGCCCCACCUCUGUGCUGACAGUACCAAAGCUGUUUUAGACGAUAUUACACAAGAACUUUGCCUGUCAGCCAUCAUGCUUUCUUUGGAGCUUUGACUUUUAAUCAGGUUAAAAUAUUUUUUUUUGCUUUCUGUCAAGACAAAAAAAAAUUUCAAAUGUGUUUGAAAUAAAGUGCCACAGAAAAUGA